GCUAAAAACCUGCAGCCAUGUCUCCUUUCCUGCGGAUCGGGUUCUCCAACUUCGAGAUUGAUCCCGGUCUGGCGUACCAUGAGGAGGUGCUGAACCCAUACUGCGCCGUUUAUAUGAAGGAGGCCAUCGAAACCGAAAAGGGCCAAGUGUACAAGCAGAAGAAGCCGACCAUGUACCCGCCGUGGAGCACCACGUUUGACGCCCACGUCCACCGCGGCCGCAUCAUGCACGUGAUGGUGAAGGACCGGACGGCGGAGCUCAAGUCCGAGGCCACGGUGGCUUUGGACACGCUGGCCACGCGGUGCAAGAAGGAGAACGGCAAGCUGGAGAUCUGGCUGGAGCUGAAGCCUCAGGGCCGCCUGCUGAUGGAGGCCAGAUAUUAUCUGGAGAAAAGUGACGCCUCAGGUCACACUGAGGAUGACCAGGAGUCCGAACGAGAGAGAGACGGUCUGUUCGCCCUCCAUCAGCGGCGAGGUGCCAUCAAACAGGCUAAAGUUCACGUUGUGAAGUGUCACGAGUUCAGCGCCACGUUCUUCCCUCAACCGACCUUCUGCUCCGUCUGCAAAGAGUUUGUCUGGGGUCUCAACAAGCAGGGUUACCAGUGCAGACAGUGCAACGCCGCCAUUCACAAAAAAUGCAUCGACAAAGUCAUCGCUAAGUGCACCGGCUCGGCCAUUAACAGCAAAGAAACGAUGAUCCACAAGGAGCGCUUCAAGAUCGACAUGCCCCACCGCUUCAAAGUCUACAACUACAAAAGUCCCACUUUCUGUGAACACUGCGGCACUCUGCUGUGGGGGCUCGCCAAGCAGGGGCUCAAAUGUGAGGAAUGCAGCAUGAACGUCCAUCAUAAAUGCCAGAAGAAAGUCGCCAACCUCUGCGGGGUCAACCAGAAACUGAUGGCUGAAGCUCUCGCCGUCAUCGAGAGCCAACAGCAGGCCAGAAGCACCAGAGAAACCGACAUCAUUGGUCGAGAUGGUCCGGUCAGUGUCGGCCAGCCGGGAAUGGUCCGAGCGCCGUCCGGGGUCGUAACGAGCGCGCAAGCCACGACCACACCUGCAAACAAAGAGCUGCAGGGGGUUUCAUGGGACGGACCGACGGACAGGACGAUCACCGUGGCGCCCACAGAAGAAGAAGAGCCUCUGUACGCCGUUCCCAGGAAGGAUCACCAACCCAAAUUCACCGACGAUGACUUCAUCCUGCACAAGAUGCUCGGGAAGGGCAGCUUCGGAAAGGUGUUUUUAGCCGAGCUGAAAAGGAGCAACCAGUUCUACGCGGUGAAGGCUCUGAAGAAGGACGUGGUGCUGAUGGACGACGACGUGGAGUGCACCAUGGUGGAGAGGAGGGUCCUGUCGUUAGCCUGGGAAAACCCUUUCCUCACGCACCUGUACUGUACCUUCCAGACCAAGGAGAACCUGUUCUUCGUGAUGGAGUAUCUGAACGGAGGAGAUCUCAUGUUUCACAUCCAGAACUGCCACAAGUUCGAUUUGCACAGAGCCACCUUUUACGCAGCUGAGAUCAUCUGUGGGCUGCAGUUUCUGCACUCUAAAGGAAUCAUUUACAGGGACCUGAAGCUGGAUAACGUGCUGCUGGACUCUGAGGGUCACAUCAAGAUCGCAGACUUUGGCAUGUGUAAGGAGAACAUGCAGGACGAGUCUCGGACCUCCACCUUCUGCGGGACGCCAGAUUACAUCGCUCCCGAGAUCCUGCUGGGUCAGAAGUACAACAGCUCGGUGGACUGGUGGUCGUUUGGGGUUUUGCUGUACGAGAUGCUGAUCGGUCAGUCUCCGUUCCACGGCCGCGAUGAAGAGGAGCUUUUUCAGUCGAUUCGAACUGAUAACCCCGCUUAUCCCCGCUGGCUCACCAAAGACGCCAAGGACAUUCUCAUCCAGCUGUUUGUGCGGGAGCCUGAGGAGCGCCUCGGGGUGAAAGGAAACAUCAGGGAGCACGAUUUCUUCAGCAGCACCGACUGGAACGCCCUGGAACAACGGAAGGUGGCGCCGCCCUUCAAGCCGACUUUAACGUCGCCCAGUGACUGCAGUAACUUUGACAAAGAGUUUAUCAACGAGAAGCCGCGGCUAUCGUGUGCUGACCGGGCGCUCAUCAACAGCGUCGACCAAACCAUGUUCAAGAACUUCUCCUUUGUUAACCCCGGGAUGACUCGCAACGCAGCGCCGCGCUGACCAGCUGACCGACAACCUACUACCUUAAAAGAGCCGCUCACUCACACACAAGCAGCACUGAAUCUGUGACUGAAUCAAACUGCAGAGACUUUAGACGCUGAAUGUCACAAAAAUCAACUGUGUCUGUAAACGUGAUGAUAACCACUACGAGGUGUUCUGGGCGAAAGGCACAUACAGCUGUGAUGGGAUCUUUGUCGCAUGUCUUUCUGUCUCUCUUUAUCUGAAAAAUUUCAAUUUUUAAAAAAAAAAAGUUCCCGAAAAACUUUUUAAAAAACAACCAAAAAACACAAACUUAAAGAGGUAAGAAACAUAUACCAAAACUCUUCACGUAAACAUUUUACCUGCAGUUUGUUUUGAUGCCUCAAAUAUAAGUCAUCAAAAACAUCAGUGAUACUCAACCUACAGCCCACGGGCCA